CUUUUUUUAAAAAUCCCUCCUGCUUAUCUGACUCAACAACGAACUCCUCGAAUGGACCCAGAAAUUGCAGAGUGGUUGCAGCAUGUGCUUCAGACCAUCGGGUAUCAACACAAGGAGCGCAUGUAUGCCGACGUAGAGGCAGUUCUGCGACGAUUCCAAAAUUUUCUCGUGCCACAUGCAGACACUUAUACCCAUGACAAUGGACGAUCCCAGCUAUUGCUCUCCCUUGUUGGCACAAUCCCUAUCGUGUACCAAUCUGCCACCUACAACAUCCCUGUAGCCUUCUGGCUCCCGACCUCGUAUCCUUCUGUAGCGCCCAUAGUCUUCGUCACACCAACAGCAUUGAUGCUAGUCAGGGCAGGGAAACAUGUCGACAUUAGCGGACGAUGUUAUCACCCAUACCUCGCAUAUUGGAGCAACAAGAGUGAUUCGAAUCUUGUGGAACUCAUCGGCAUCAUGCAAAAAGUCUUUUCACUUGAUCCGCCUGUAUAUUCAAAAUCUAAUGUAUCAACUCAGCAACAACCGCAAUCCAGCCCAACUCUUGGGGCCUACCCCUCACCAACAUCGCUCAAGCCAGCUCCACCCAUUUUAUCAUACUCUCCUAGAGCCAACAGCUCUAUUACUACAUCUCCGUCAGCUCAGAAUAACCGAUACUCGGGUUCUAGUUCAUUCGGAUCUUCUCAGCAACUUACGCCCCAGCAAGCUCAAUUGUAUACUAAACUUCAGGCUGCAUUGAUGGAAUUUCAUUCGACAUCGUCACGAGAAAUGCAAAACAUUGUCACUGUAAACAAACAACUCAAUGAUGCCGAGACUAGGACCAAAACUGAACUCCAAAGUCUCAGGGAUCUGAAUAACAAAAUUCAAUACAACAUUUCAACGCUUACAAGGUCAAUUGAACAGUUGGAUACCAAGAUUGAGCAGAUACGGACAUGGCCGGAAGAACCAGUGGAUGAAAUUAUCUGUGGCAGUAGCGUUGUGCAUAAUCAGUUAUUUGAAUUGGUAGCAGAGGAAAUCGCAAUAGAGGACACUAUCUACUACUUAAGCAAAGCUCUUAGUCAGGAUAAGGUUGAUUUGAAAGCUUAUAUGAAGCAUCUCCGAAACUUGUCAAGAGAGCAAUUCAUGAAAAAAGCGCUUAUCAAAAAAGUCAAAGCGCAGCUUGGACAAGUAUAAUGAAAGAUAAACUAUUAAAAAACAAAAAAGCCUACUUUGCCAAGUUUACAAAGGCGUGAAAUGUU